CAACAAUGAGGUGGAAAUCUGCGUGGUUGUGUUUCUUUGCUCUAUCCGUUGCCAUGGUCAUGGAGGUCCAGCCUAGACUGGUCCGUAACCAUGUCAGCAACAUCUGCAGCACCUGGGGCAGGGAGCACUUCAAGACCUUCGAUGGCGAUGUGUUCCAGUUUCCGGGAAUGUGUGAAUACAACCUGGUGUCUGACUGCCAUGAGUUCUAUCAGAGCUUUUCAGUGCACAUGAAGAGAACAGACGUGGAUGGAAACCCCAAAGUCAGCUAUGUGGUGGUCACCAUCAAUGACCUUUCAUUCCACCUCAGCAGGAGUCACGUUACCGUCAACCAUGAGGGUGUCACACUGCCGUUCCACAGAGGAGGGGUUCAGGUGGUAAAAAAUGCAGUUUACAUCAAACUCCAGUCCAAAAUUGGAGUCACUGUCAUGUGGAAUGAUGACGACGCAGUGAUGGUGGAAAUUGAUAACGACUAUUCAAACCGAACCUGUGGACUUUGCGGUGACUUCAACGGUGUUCCAGCAAAUGAGUUUGUUCAGAAUGAUCGCAAAAUGAGCCCAAUUGAGUUUGGCAACAAAUACAAAGCUCACCUUCCAAAUGACGACUGUGAGGACCCGUAUGAAGAGGAAGAGGAAGACGAGGUGGUGGAGGAUGUGAAUGAGCUGGAUUCGUGCAAAGAAUUUAAAACCACCUGUGAAGAGCUGCUGAAAUCAGAGUCCUGGAGCUCAUGCACUAACCUGAUCAACCCUGAGCUGUACAUCCAGGCGUGUGUGCAGGACAUGUGUGGCUGCAACAACAGCACCAGUGACUUCUGUGUCUGCAGCACGCUGUCAGAGUUCUCCCGACAGUGCUCCCACGCCGGAGGACAGCCUCCCAACUGGAGGACGGCUCAGUUCUGUGCUAAAGAGUGUCCUUACAACAUGGUGUAUGAAGAGAGCGGCACACCUUGCAUAGAUACCUGCACACAUCAGGACACAAGCUCCCUGUGUGAGGACCACAAAAUGGACGGCUGCUUCUGUCCUCCUGGAACUGUGUUCGACGACAUUUCCGAGAGGGGGUGCAUCUCUAAGGCUGAGUGUCAGUGCAAGCAUCUCAAAAUCUACGAAUCUGGAGAAGUUUCCAGGCAGGGUCGAGAGCAGUGUACGUGUUUUGAGGGGAGAUGGGAUUGUGUGAGCCUCCCGACACCUGCUACAUGUGCAGUUGAAGAGGGUUCACAUUUCACUACUUUUGAUGGGAAAAUUUACACCUUCCACGGUGACUGUUACUACACGCUGGCCAAGGUGGAGAGCAAGGAUGGUGUGAGUCCAAAGUUUACCAUCCUGGCCCAGUUGGUCCCAUGUGCACACCAGCAGUUGGACACCUGCCUGAAGACCCUUAAAAUUGUGCUGAAUAAUGACAGAAACAAUGUAUUGACCUUCACUCUCGAUGGCAAAGUUAAGCAGAACACGCAGCCCAUCACUUUACCGUACCACUCAGGAGACAUCAACAUUUUCCAUGCUUCAUCAUUUCACAUCAUGCUCCAGACCAGCUUUGGGUUGCAAAUUCAGAUCCAGCAUGUCCCCAUCAUGCAAGUCUACAUCAGCCUGGAACAGAGCUACAGAGCCAAGACACGCGGUUUAUGUGGGAACUUCAACAUGGUCCUGUCUGACGACAUGAAGACUCCUCAGGGCAUCGUGGAGGGAACUGCAGCCUCCUUCUGUAACUCGUGGAAGGCUAAUCUCAUGUGUGGAGAUGGCAAGGAGAGACUUGAUGACCCCUGCUCCCUCAGCGUGGAGAAUGAGUGGUAUGCAAAACAUUGGUGCGCCUUACUCAUAAGUCCAAACAGUACCUUUGCACAGUGCCGUUCAGUGGUGGAUCCUGAGCUGUACUACAAGCGAUGCACAUAUUCCAGCUGCAACUGUGAGAAGAGUGAGGCGUGCCUGUGUGCCGUCUUCUCCUCUUAUGCCCGAGCUUGUGCUGCAAAGGGAGUGUUCCUGACAGACUGGAGGGAAAGUGUUUGCGAUAAAUACAUAAAGAGCUGCCCGGCCUCUCAGACCUUCUCAUACAAACAUCAGCGAUGCCAGCUGACCUGUAGGUCGCUGAGCUCGGAGCAGCAGAGCUGCAGCUCUAACUUCUUGCCCGUGGAUGGUUGCUCCUGCUCUGAGGGUCAGUAUCUGAAUGAGCAAGGCAUAUGUGUCCCCAUGGCAAAAUGUUCCUGUUACCACAACGGCGUCUACGUGAAGCCAGGGAAGUCCAUCAACAUCAAAGACGAUCACUGUGUGUGCAACAAUGGAUUGCUUCAUUGCCAUUCUUGGAGAAUGCGAUCAUCGGCAUGUUCUUCCCCAAAAGUAUUCUUCAACUGCUCCACCGCAGGCGCAGGAGAACGAGGACUGCAGUGUGCUCCAACCUGUUUGAACCUGGACAGUGAUGAUUGUGACUCCACGGAGUGUGAGUCUGGCUGCCGGUGUCCUGAUGGCCUCCUGGAUGAUGGCAAAGGUUCCUGUGUAAUAGAAAGGAUGUGUCCCUGUCAACACGACGGCCAUCUCUACUCUCCUGGAUCAAACAUUCCCAACCAGUGCAACACAUGUACCUGCAAGAGUGGAAGAUGGAAGUGCACUGAGAAAAAAUGUCCAGGAACCUGCGUUAUUUACGGAAGUGGCCACUACAGUACAUUUGAUCAGCGGACAUAUGGGUUUCACGGAGAUUGUGCUUAUGUUGCUGCCAAGAAUAAAUGUGGCAAUAAAACCGUGGAGGAAAACUUUGGCGUUAUCACAGAAAAUGUCCCGUGUGGAUCUACAGCCGCCACAUGCUCCAAAAACGUCAGAAUUCAUCUUGGGCGAACAGAAAUCAAACUAUCAAGAGGCAAUUAUGAAGAGGAGGAUCUGGGAGAAGGCCCACUUAUAAAGUACAGAAUAAGGAGGGUUGGCUUGUACAUCGUGGUAGAGUCUGACAUCGGUAUGGCAGUGAUGUGGGAUCGCAAAACAACCGUCCGCAUCCUCUUGGAACCACAGCACAACGGUCAGGUAUGUGGCCUGUGUGGUAAUUUUGAUGGCGAUGGACAGAAUGAUUUCACCAUACAAGGUCAGAUGGAAGUGAGCAAUGUGUUGGACUUUGGAAACAGCUGGAAAGUCCACAGCAGUUGCCCCGACGUGGAAGAACACUUUGAUACCUGUGAAGGUGCACCCAAACGACUUUACUGGGCAAAAAUGAUGUGCAGCAUCAUAACGGGAGAAACGUUCAAAGAAUGCCACAAUAAGGUGAAUCCACAACCAUACCAUGAGAACUGUGUGAAAGACUCGUGUGCCUGUGACAGCGGAGGAGACUGCGAGUGUUUCUGCUCGGCGGUCGCUGCUUACGCUCAAGCUUGCAAUGAGGCUGGGGUCUGCGUCGGGUGGAGAACUCCAGACAUCUGUCCUGUUUUUUGCGACUACUAUAACACUCCAGAUGAUUGUAAAUGGCACUACAACCCAUGCCACACACCUUGCUACAAGACAUGUCUGAACCCACAAGGAAUUUGUAGCAACCCCAUACCAAAUCUGGAGGGCUGCUACCCUGUAUGUCCAGAGGAUAAACCUAUAUUUGAUGAAAAGAACCAGACAUGCGUUGACUUAUGUCCCUACUGUAUUUACAACGGGACAAUAUACGAGGAAAAUGAAGUCAUAUACAAUGUCACAGACAAUAUGGGAAUGUGUUACUACGCAAUCUGCAUUAAUUCAACAGUGAUAAAUGGAAGUGAACCCUGCCCAACGCCUACCCCAUCGACCACCACUAAACCUACAACUCCAAUUACCACACCUACUACAACUACCCCAUCUACAACCCCCAAAACCACAACUCCAACUACCACACCUACUACAACAACCCCAUCUACAACUACCGAAGCCACGACUCCAACUUCCACACCAACCACAACUACCCCAUCUACAACCCCCAAAACCACAACUCCAACUACCACACCUACUACAACAACCCCAUCUACAACUACCGAAGCCACGACUCCAACUUCCACACCUACCACAACUACCCCAUCUACAACCACCAAAGCCACAACUCCAACUACCACACCAACCACAACUACCCCAUCUACAACCACAAAGGCUACAACCCCAUCUACCACACCAACCACAACUACCCCAUCUACAACCCCCAAAACCACAACUCCAACUACCACACCUACUACAACAACCCCAUCUACAACUACCGAAGCCACGACUCCAAUUUCCACACCAACCACAACUACCCCAUCUACAACCCCCAAAACCACAACUCCAACUACCACACCUACUACAACAACCCCAUCUACAACUACCGAAGCCACGACUCCAACUUCCACACCUACCACAACUACCCCAUCUACAACCACCAAAGCCACAACUCCGACUACCACACCAACCACAACUACCCCAUCUACAACCACAAAGGCUACAACCCCAUCUACCACACCAACUACCCCAUCUACAACCACCAAAGCCACAACUCCAACUACCACACCUACUACAACUACCCCAUCUACCACCACUAAACCUACAACUCCAACUACCACACCAACCACAACUACCCCAUCUACAACCACAAAGGCUACAACCCCAUCUACCACACCUCAUUUAAGUACAGUCACAACUCCAUGUGUUCCAAAAUGCGAGUGGACAGAUUGGUAUAAUGUGCAUGAUCCAAAGACGGACAAAAGUGAUUGGGAGACAUAUGAAAAUAUCACAAACAGUGGUCUAGAGAUAUGUGCUAAUCCCACAGAAAUUGAUUGUAGAGCAGCUGACGCUACAGACAAAGACUUUGAUGAUUUCCUGGAUGAAACUGGCCAAGUUGUUAGCUGUGAUAAGGAUUAUGGUUUAAUAUGUAAAAAAGAGGAUCAGCCACGUCGUCCAGGAAAGUGUUUUGAUUACGAAAUCAGAGUGUGUUGUCCAGUGAUAAUCUGUAAUACCACAACCUCUGCUGCUACAACUCCAACUACCACACCUACUACAACUACCCCAUCAACAACAACGAAAACCACAACUCCAACUACCACACCUACUACAACUACCCCAUCUACAACCACAAAAGCAACAACUCCAACUACCACACCUACUACAACUACCCCAUCUACCACCACUAAACCUACAACUCCAACUACCACACCUACUACAACUACCCCAUCUACCACCACUAAACCUACAACUCCAACUACCACACCUACUACAACUACCCCAUCUACAACCACAAAAGCCACAACUCCAACUACCACACCUAUUACAACAACCCCAUCUACAACCACCAAAGCCACAACUCCAACUACCACACCUCCUACAAAUACCCCAUCUACCACCACUAAACCUCCAACUCCAACUACCACACCUACUACAACAACCCCAUCUACAACCCCCAAAACCACAACUCCAACUACCACACCUACUACAACAACCCCAUCUACAACUACCGAAGCCACGACUCCAACUUCCACACCUACCACAACUACCCCAUCUACAACCACCAAAGCCACAACUCCGACUACCACACCAACCACAACUACCCCAUCUACAACCACAAAGGCUACAACCCCAUCUACCACACCAACCACAACUACCCCAUCUACAACCCCCCAAACCACAACUCCAACUACCACACCUACUACAACUACCCCAUCUACAACUACCGAAGCCACGACUCCAACUUCCACACCUACCACAACUACCCCAUCUACAACCACCAAAGCCACAACUCCGACUACCACACCAACCACAACUACCCCAUCUACAACCACAAAGGCUACAACCCCAUCUACCACACCAACCACAACUACCCCAUCUACAACCACCAAAGCCACAACUCCAACUACCACACCUACUACAAAUACCCCAUCUACCACCACUAAACCUACAACUCCAACUACCAUACCUACCACAACUACCCCAUCUACAACCACAACUCCAACUACCACACCUACUACAACUACCCCAUCUACAACCACCAAAGCAACAACUCCAACUACCACACCUACUACAACAACCCCAUCUACAACCACCAAAGCCACAACUCCAACUACCACGCCUACUACAACAACCCCAUCUACAACCACCAAAGCCACGACUCCAACUAACACACCUACUACAACUACCCCAUCUACAACCACCAAAGCCACAACUCCAACUACCACACCUACUACAACUACCCCAUCUACCACCACUAAACCUACAACUCCAACUACCAUACCUACCACAACUACCCCAUCUACUACUACCAAAGCCACAACUCCAACUACCACACCUACUACAACUACCCCAUCAACAACCACCAAAGCCACAACUCCAACUACCACACCUACUACAACUACCCCAUCUACAACCACCAAAGCCACAGCUCCAACUACCACACCAACUACAACUACCCCAUCUACAACCACAAAAUCCACAACUCCAACUACCACACCUACUACAACAACCCCAUCUACAACCACCAAAGCCACAACUCCAACUACCACACCAACUACAACUACCCCAUCUACAACCACAAAAUCCACAACUCCAACUACCACGCCCACUACAACAACCCCAUCUACCACCACUAAACCUACAACUCCAACUACCACACCAACCACAACUACCCCAUCUACAACCACAAAGGCUACAACCCCAUCUACCACACCUCAUUUAAGUACAGUCACAACUCCAUGUGUUCCAAAAUGCGAGUGGACAGAUUGGUAUAAUGUGCAUGAUCCAAAGACGGACAAAAGUGAUUGGGAGACAUAUGAAAAUAUCACAAACAGUGGUCUAGAGAUAUGUGCUAAUCCCACAGAAAUUGAUUGUAGAGCAGCUGACGCUACAGACAAAGACUUUGAUGAUUUCCUGGAUGAAACUGGCCAAGUUGUUAGCUGUGAUAAGGAUUAUGGUUUAAUUUGUAAAAAAGAGGAUCAGCCACGUCGUCCAGGAAAGUGUUUUGAUUACGAAAUCAGAGUGUGUUGUCCAGUGAUAAUCUGUAAUACCACAACCUCUGCUGCUACAACUCCAACUACCACACCUACUACAACUACCCCAUCAACAACAACGAAAACCACAACUCCAACUACCACACCUACUACAACUACCCCAUCUACAACCACAAAAGCAACAACUCCAACUACCACACCUACUACAACUACCCCAUCUACCACCACUAAACCUACAACUCCAACUACCACACCUACUACAACUACCCCAUCUACCACCACUAAACCUACAACUCCAACUACCACACCUACUACAACUACCCCAUCUACAACCACAAAAGCCACAACUCCAACUACCACACCUAUUACAACAACCCCAUCUACAACCACCAAAGCCACAACUCCAACUACCACACCUCCUACAAAUACCCCAUCUACCACCACUAAACCUCCAACUCCAACUACCACACCUACUACAACAACCCCAUCUACAACCCCCAAAACCACAACUCCAACUACCACACCUACUACAACAACCCCAUCUACAACUACCGAAGCCACGACUCCAACUUCCACACCUACCACAACUACCCCAUCUACAACCACCAAAGCCACAACUCCGACUACCACACCAACCACAACUACCCCAUCUACAACCACAAAGGCUACAACCCCAUCUACCACACCAACCACAACUACCCCAUCUACAACCCCCCAAACCACAACUACCCCAUCUACAACCCCCAAAACCACAACUCCAACUACCACACCUACUACAACUACCCCAUCUACAACUACCGAAGCCACGACUCCAACUUCCACACCUACCACAACUACCCCAUCUACAACCACCAAAGCCACAACUCCGACUACCACACCAACCACAACUACCCCAUCUACAACCACAAAGGCUACAACCCCAUCUACCACACCAACCACAACUACCCCAUCUACAACCACCAAAGCCACAACUCCAACUACCACACCUACUACAAAUACCCCAUCUACCACCACUAAACCUACAACUCCAACUACCAUACCUACCACAACUACCCCAUCUACAACCACAACUCCAACUACCACACCUACUACAACUACCCCAUCUACAACCACCAAAGCAACAACUCCAACUACCACACCUACUACAACAACCCCAUCUACAACCACCAAAGCCACAACUCCAACUACCACGCCUACUACAACAACCCCAUCUACAACCACCAAAGCCACGACUCCAACUAACACACCUACUACAACUACCCCAUCUACAACCACCAAAGCCACAACUCCAACUACCACACCUACUACAACUACCCCAUCUACCACCACUAAACCUACAACUCCAACUACCAUACCUACCACAACUACCCCAUCUACUACUACCAAAGCCACAACUCCAACUACCACACCUACUACAACUACCCCAUCAACAACCACCAAAGCCACAACUCCAACUACCACACCUACUACAACUACCCCAUCUACAACCACCAAAGCCACAGCUCCAACUACCACACCAACUACAACUACCCCAUCUACAACCACAAAAUCCACAACUCCAACUACCACACCUACUACAACAACCCCAUCUACAACCACCAAAGCCACAACUCCAACUACCACACCAACUACAACUACCCCAUCUACAACCACAAAAUCCACAACUCCAACUACCACGCCCACUACAACAACCCCAUCUACAACCACCAAAGCCACGACUCCAACUAACACACCUACUACAACUACCCCAUCUACAACCACCAAAGCCACAACUCCAACUACCACACCUACUACAACUACCCCAUCUACAACCACCAAAGCAACAACUCCAACUACCACACCUACUACAACUACCCCAUCUACAACCACCAAAGCAACAACUCCAACUACCACACCUACUACAACAACCCCAUCUACAACCACCAAAGCCACAACUCCAACUACCACACCUACUACAACUACCCCAUCUACAACCACCAAAGCCACAACUCCAACUACCACACCUACCACAACUACCCCAUCUACAACCACCAAAGCCACAACUCCAACUACCACACCAACUACAACUACCCCAUCCACAACCACAGAAUCCACAACUCCAACUACCACACCUACUACAACAACCCCAUCUACAACCACCAAACCUACAACUCCAACUACCACACCCACUACAACUACCCCAUCUACCACCACUAAACCUACAACUCCAACUACUACACCCACUACAACUACCCCAUCUACAUCCACCAAAGCCACAACUCCAACUACCACACCUACCACCACUACCCCAUCUACAACCACCAAAGCAACAACUCCAACUACCACCCCUACUACAACUACCCCAUCUACAACCACCAAAGCCACAACUCCAACUACCACACCUACUACAACUACCCCAUCUACAACCACCAAACCUACAACUCCAACUACCACACCUACUACAAAUACCCCAUCUACCACCACUAAACCUACAACUCCAACUACUACACCCACUACAACUACCCCAUCUACAUCCACCAAAGCAACAACUCCAACUACCACACCCACUACAACUACCCCAUCUACAACCACAAGAGGCAUAACUCCAAUUACUGGGACUGCUACCACAACAGUCAGACCCAGCACCCUCCCACAAGUUGUAUCGACAACAUCUGAAACUCCCACGACAAAAUGUUUCUGUAUUUUUAACGGCACAUAUUAUAGACCAGGGCAGGAGAUUUUUGAUUCACAUCACAUUGGAUCAGGCAUAUGUCUCACAAUGAUAUGUUCUGAUAUUUGUGAAAUUCGCAACAAUACUGCCCCUUGCCCCACAACCACUACACCUAUACCUACAUCCACACCCAAACCCACACCUGAGUGUCCUGAGUGGGAUGUUGUGCAAAAUGAGACCUUCUACUUGUGCAACUGCACCAUGGCUCGAUGCAUUGAGAACAAUACAAUUGAAAUAAUCCCAUACGAGUGUCCACCACUUCAAAACAUAACUUGUACGAAUGGAAAGAAACCAGUUCUGGUUUAUGAUGAGUACUACUGCUGUCAACAUUAUGCAUGUGACUGUGUAUGUGAGGGCUGGGGCGAUCCUCAUUACAUCACAUUUGAUGGAUUAUAUUACAGUUAUCAAGGAAACUGUACCUAUGUUCUGAUGGAGGAGACUACGCCAAUAUAUAAUCUAAAGAUUUAUACUGACAAUGUAUAUUGUGAUCCUACUGAAGAUGUUUCAUGUCCUCGAUCAAUAAUCAUAUCAUAUGGGUCACAUGUUAUCACCCUUGUCAAUCAUGAGCUUCUUGGAGCACCAGAACUGGAGGCAUUACAAAAUGGAGAGAAAUUGAAACUACCCUAUUCACAGCAUGGUGUUAAGGUCAUGACUACUGGCAUCAACUUGGUGUAUGAGAUUCUACGCCUAAAAGUGGUCAUUACAUUUGGAAUGACUGGCUUUAGCGUUAACCUUCCGUAUCAGUACUUUGGCAGAAACACACAGGGUCAUUGCGGCACGUGCACCAACAACCAGACUGAUGACUGUAUGCUACCAGGUGGAAAGCUUGUGCAAAGUUGUGCAGCGAUGGCUGACUUUUGGCCAGCAAAUGAUAUUUACCAGCCCAACUGCCCAAUUCCACCUGUAGUACCCACUAAUGCACCUGAACCUCCGCUGGACCCAACUCCAUGCCACCCAGACUCAGAAUGUGACCUGCUUAAAAGCAGUGUUUUUGAGGCGUGCCAUGCUGUCGUCUCUCCAGACAACUUCUACAGUGGUUGUGUUUUUGAUAGCUGCCACAUUUCCAACCCAAUUGUGGAGUGCACAAGUUUGCAGACUUAUGCUGCUGCGUGUGCUCAGGCUGGAGUUUGCCUUCACUGGAGGAACCAUACCAAACUGUGUGCCAGCGAGUGCCCAUCUGACAAGGUUUACAAGCCUUGUGGUCCUGCAGAGCAGCCAACCUGUGAAGAUAAUCCCAAUGACCCAACCUUAAACUUCACCAUUGAAGGCUGCUUUUGCCCUGAUGGAAUGAAACUCUUCAACAAAGAUUCUGGAAUAUGUGUCAAAAAGUGUGGAUGUAUUGACCCUGAGGGCAUCCCUCGUGAGUUUAAUGAGAGGUUUGAGUACAAAUGCCAGGACUGCAUCUGCAAUGAGGACACCAAGACUGUGACCUGCCAUCCUAAGACCUGCCCAGCGCCGCCUAUUGUUGAUUGCUCUGAACCAGGGUUUGCCCUCGUAAACCAAACGGAUCCAGCAGAACCAUGCUGUUCCGUUUUUGCUUGCCAAUGCCAAAUCAACACUUGUCCUGUCAUUAGCACCAACUGUCCGAUUGGAUAUAAACCAAGUAUCGUUGUCCCUGAGGGAAAAUGCUGCCCAGAGCAAAAAUGUGAGCCCAAAAGAGUCUGCGUUCAUAAAAAUGCUGAAUAUCAGACUGGUUCCUCAGUUCCUGCACAUGAUUGUCAGGACUGUAAAUGCACCAAUGAGGUUGACCCAUACACUGGUCUCUUAAAAAUAACUUGCGAGUUUCAGCAAUGUGACGAAAACUGUGACAUGGGCUAUGAGUACGUGGAAACAAGUUCAGAUGAAUGCUGUGGCAAGUGCGUGCAGACAAGCUGCGUGGUCAGCGUAAAUGGCUCCACCCAGACGUUGAAGCAAGGAGAAACUUGGAGCCCUCCUGACAAUAGGUGCGAGCAUUACUCCUGCAUCAAGACCAGUGGCAUCUUAAUAACGGUCACCUCACAAAUUGUCUGCCCACCAUUCCAAGAGAGCAACUGUCAUCCAGACACAAUUCAGACUGCAGCAAACGGCUGCUGCAGAAUCUGUGUGGAGAAAGAGAAGGCGUGCAAGUUAGUGCCCAUGAAGACUCGAGUAACGCAGCAUGGCUGCCAGUCUGAACACAAGGUGGAUAUGCCAUACUGUGAAGGAUCCUGCAACACUUUCACCAAGUACUCUGAGGUAGCAGCUGCCGUGGAGCAUUCCUGUUCGUGCUGCAAGGAGACGAUCUCCAGCCGCCGCACCGUUGAAUUGCUGUGCCUAAACGGACAGAAGGUCCCUUACACGUACACGUAUGUGGAGGCGUGUGGUUGCGGACCGACAGACUGCAACAAACCUGGUGCUCACCAGGCUCGCGGGAAGCGAAGCUUAAGGCUGCCGUGAUAAAACCGUCCGUGACGCAGUCAUCGUGUCUUAAGGAGUAAUUGCCACUGAAAUUAAUAUUUAUCAACUGAUCAAAUAAAAAGAUGCAACGCAA